AUGGAAGAGGAGUUGGUUCAAUUGCUGUAAGUCAUCUCUAAAUUGUUGCUUUAAUUUUUAGUUUAUAAAAAUAGUUGUAAAAUAGGGGAAUAUAAUUGUCUUUUCUUUUAAACUAAGAAUCGGAAAUUUUUUUAAUUUAAAAAAUUGAAUUUAAAAAAAUAAAAAAGUUUUUUUGAAACUCUUAAAAAUUUAUAAAUCAGUUUUGUUUCAGGACGCUGAUUGCAAUUGUAAUAUUCAUAGCUUUCCUCGGAUUCCUCUUCUUCCUGAAAUGGCGUCAAACCAAGAAAUUCCAAGCACAAGUUUAUCAGUAAGUUAAAUCGUACUGGACUUGAAGCCCAGUACGCACGGCUUGGUCAUGUGCCAGGUUAGGGCGGCCCAAGACAAAUUUGAAACCAAGCGUGCUUGUAGAUGCGGGCCCAACGAUUACAGUAGGAUAAGGCUAGGUAGGAUAGGAUAGCCCAAACCAAGGCCGCAGGGUCCCAGCUUAGGUCCCGCAACGAGGUUUAACUUCUCAGUUUCUUGCAUAGUAAACGAGUUUCAAAUCCCUAAUCAUUUUGUUAUAAAGGAAUUUACAGUACAUUUAGUUUUUUCUUAUUCAGUACCUUAAUAAUUACGAAAUCUCAAUGGUAUUUUACAAAUAAAAACAAUGUUUUAGUUUGCCGACUCCACCUGAAAAAACCGGAGUUUUGGCCGAGAACAACCUCCUAACACAGUCGGAGAAGAUAUUACGAGGCAAAUUAGAUGGUCCUGAAUCAGUACUAGUAGAAGAAGGUAGGUACUCUACCCUACCCUGGCCUACCCUACCUUGUCCUACCCUACCCUACAUUACCCUACCCUACACUACCUUACCCUGUCUUACCUUACCCUACAUAGGAAAAUUUUGUUAUUUUAGGCACAUUAUACACUGGCACAGCCGAUGGUCGAGUGAUAAAAAUAGUGGAUGGAAAAGUAGAGAAAUAUAUAAACCUAAGGGAUGAUUUUGGAACUAGAGGUAUAUUUUCCUAUGUUUUAGAACAUGCAAUAUAACAUGAAAAUAAUUUUUUUUACAUUUUUUUAAGUCAAAGAUAUAUCUAAAUUUUACUCGUUUUUCAAAAAUUUUUUUCAAAAAUUCAAAAUUUAAAUUUCAAAAAUUUCAGGAAAAUUUGAAACAGAACCUCACUUCGGCCGUCCUUUAGGAAUUCGACGAUUAAACGCAGACUGUUUAGUUGUGGCUGAUGCUUACAAUGGAGUUUUUAAAGUCGACUUAAAUAGAGGUAUGUCCAUAGAACCUAGCUUAUCUUAUUUAGACUGUGAUAAAAACGCCGUAUUUUACUAUAUUCUGACAACUCUUAGCUAAAUUUACACUAUUAUCAAAAUGUAAAAAAACGUUUUUUAUAUCAACGACAAAACUUUUUUGAACCAUAAUUUGAAAAAAAAUAUUAAAAAAAAACAUAAUUAAAAAAAAAAAAAUUCCAGGCCUAGUGACCCAAAUAUUUUGUUCACACACAGACGUUUGUGGAGUAAAAUGUGGUUAUGUGAAUGAUUUGGACGUGUUGGACGAAAAAGUCAUUUAUCUGACUGAUUCGUCGAUAAACUUCCAACGGCGACAGUUCACUAACGUCAUGCUGGAAAAUGCGCCUAGUGGAAGGUAAGAAACAGAGCUAGAGUAGGGUAAAUAAUAGGUAGAGGCCGGGAUUUUCAGGGUAAAGGUAGGAUAAGAAAGUGGUUGGGUAAGGGUAGGAUAAGGACGAGCCAAAGUCAGUCAGGGUGGUUCAAGGGUAAGAUUAAGGUAAAAAUAGGUAAAGCAAAAGUAAGGUAGGGGUUAGAUAUGAUAAAGGUAAGGCACGAGUAAGACAAAUGUAUGUCAAAGGGCUAGGGACAAGGGUAGGGCAAGAGUAAAGGAAGAUAAAUAGAGUCUACCAAAUCAGGGCAGAGUAGGAUAUAGUAGGGUAGAAUAGGGCACGGUAGGGAGGGUAGUCUAGGGUAGGGCGGGUAGAGUAGGUUAGGGUACGGUAAAGUAGGCUAGGGUUAGGCAAAGAUAAAGCCAAAAAAGAGUUGCGUAACGCUAAGUUACGAUAGGUCUACGAUAAGGUAGGGUAUAUUUUCAUACAAUUUUUGUCAUUUAUGCAUGUAUUUUUAAUGUUUUUCAUACCUAAAAACAAAAUUUUCAGAAUUAUAGAAAUAAAAAUUUGGUCAGGCGAGAGCCGUGUCCUCCUCGACGGUCUCUUCUACCCCUUCGGCAUCCAGAUCCAUCCCGACCGCCAAAGUUUAGUCUACGCAGAAGCGGUUAAAUGCCGAAUCAUGCGAUAUUACUUUACCGGCCCAAAGGAAGGUCAAUUAGAAGCGUUCGCCUCAAAUCUACCAGGAGUACCAAACAACAUACGACUCUCAGCGGAUGGUAAAUCCUUCCUAUGUGGAAUGCACGUGGCACGGUUUGAAGGCAAACCAGCACCGGUCGAUUUGCUGAGUCCACACCCUAAGGCUCGUCGAUUACUUGUGACAAUGAUACCUGACGAGAUUUUGGGCCGAAUGUCCAAAAUGGUCCUUCCAAGAUACGGGCUAGUGGUGCAGUUGGACUUGGAAGGGAAUAUUGUUAGGUCUUAUCAUGAUCCGGAGGGAAAAAUCAAGUUUAUCACUCAUGUAUGUUUUUGAUUUGUAAACAAAGUUUUUGCCAUUUUUGAUUUGUAAAAAAAGUUUUUGCCAUUUUUAAUUUGUAAAGAAAGUUUUUGCCAUUUUUGAUUUGUAAAGAAAGUUUUUGCCAUUUUUUGUUUUGUAAAAAAAGUUCUUGCCAUUUUUUGUUUUGUAAAGAACGUUUGUGACAUUUUUGUGUCGUAAAGAAUUGAAAAUAAAAAAAAUUAAAAUUUGCAUAAAAUUUUAAAAUUUGGUUAAAUAUUUUUUUAUUUAAAAAUUUUCAGGCCUCCGAUGACGAAAACUACCUGUAUUUAGGAUCAAUGCAUAACAAAUACAUUGCGCGUGUACCCAAAAUCGUAUGA